AUGCAUUUCUCAUCUCUCUGUCUUUCCGUUUUACAGGUUAGUUUCCUAGUUUUGAUAUUCUCCUGUUACGCCUAUGGCGGCUAUGGAGGUUAUGGAUAUGGUGUCUAUGCUAGGCCGCUUGGAUUUCAACAUGGCAAGGCAGUAUCAGUGAGAGCACGUAAUCAUUUCCCAGGAGGUUACGGUGAAGGAGCUUACCACGGUUCUACUGGAAACGCACACAUAGCGCUCCCUGGUGGAGGCAAAGCCUACAGUUACUCGGGUGGCUUCAACAUGAGAUAUGGGGCAAGCUAUGGCCACGGUGCUCCAACCCAUUACGGAGGAGGAGGCCUUGGUCAAGCCAUUGGACAUAACAGAGGAUAUGGCGUCUCCUACGGCUAUGGCAACCCAGCUGUGAUGAAACAAGCUUUGGCAGACCUUCAUCAAGAUAUUCUGAGUAAUGUUCACGGUGCUUUCGGUGGUAGUCAUCAUGGUGGUUUUUUCGGUGGCGCUCCCUUGCCGAUUUAUUAA